AUGUUCGAAAAUACAGGCACCCUGCCUCUUACGGCUGAUGUGCUUGCGACAGCCCUUCAUCCCUCCGAGCCUCUGCUCACGGUUGGCCUAGCGAAUGGCCAUGUUGAAGCCUAUCGAUUACCUGCUGGUUCUUCUUCUGAUGACAACGCCGACGCGGAUUCUAGCAUCUUGAGUGAUGGGAAGGGCAUGAUAGAGUCUGUUUGGCACACUCGGCGACAUAAGGGAAGCUGCAGAUCUUUGGUCUACGCGCACGAUGGCUCGGCUGUGUACUCUGCAGGAACCGAUGAGCUGGUCAAGCACUUCGAGCCCGAGACGGGAAUGGUCAUUUCCAAAAUUGCGAUUCCUACCAAAAAUUCACUUGCCGAUGCGCCCACUCUCCUCCACGUUCUAAACCCUCAGAGUUUGCUUCUUGCGACUGACUCUGGCGCCCUCCACAUCAUCGACCUCCGAGACGGCGCGCCAGGUAAGAAGCCUGCCCAAACCCACUUUCCGCAUAUCGACUACGUCUCCUCCAUUACCCCUCUGCCGCCGACGAAAGAGAGCACCAGUGGAUUCCCCAAGCAAUGGGUUAGUACUGGCGGCACCACUCUUGCUGUAACAGAUGUGAGAAGGGGAGUACUUAUGCGUAGCGAAGACCAAGAAGAUGAGCUGUUAUCUUCUUGCUUUGUACCGGGCAUGGGUCCCAAAGGGCACCGCGACAACGGCGUAAUGGCUUUGGGAUCUGGCUCUGGUGUUCUGACUAUGUGGGACAGGGGAGCCUGGGAUGAUCAGCAAGAACGCAUCAUUGUUGAUGGCGAUAAGAAAGGUAGCGGCGAAAGCAUCGAUGCUAUGGCUUUUAUCCCACAGGAGAUGAACCUGGGCAAGAAAGUCGUUUGUGGCCUUGGUGAUGGUGGCCUCCGCAUCGUUGAUCUUGUCAACCGUGAAGUAGACUUCUCCAUCAACCUGCGGCAUGAUCGCAUGGAGAGCGUCGUGUCAUUGGGUUUCGAUUCCGAGAACCGACUUAUCAGUGCCGGCGGAAGGACUGUCAAGCUUUGGGAGGAGCUUUCUGAGCUACAAGGCGGUGACGAGGAGGAGGAUGAAGACGAGGAUAGUGAUGCUGAAACGGGUGACAAGGGCCACGGCAAGCGACCUGCAGAGAGCGACAGUGAUGAGGAGACGAAGCCAGGCAAGCGACGAGGCGGGCGACGAGCCAGACGACGUCAGGCACGGGAAGAAAAACUUGGUCCCUAUGGCGCAAACGGGGUCAUGCACUUUGACAUGGACUAG